CUUGGUUCUUUCCUGCAAUCCCAUCCUCUUCGGCAUCUCCCACGCACCACUCUUUCCCUGGUUUCCCUGCAAAGUGCUGCAUCUCGCACCAACACGUCGCAAUCUUGGCCGAAAUCCACGCACAAAUGCCAGUCCCCGCAUGAACCCAGGCAUGUUCUGGUCCCUCGAUUGGUAACCCCUCCCUUCCGGGUGAAAGAGCCGGAAAAGCCACCUGCUUGCAGUCUGCAAUCUGCAACCGAGCCUGCAAGUUGCAAGAUUGAAAAAACCCUUGACUUGACCACGCCACCAAUGCUCAAAGGUGACCACCGCCCGCCCGCCGCCCGUCACGGCCGCUCCAUCUCCAGUAUUUCCGUCGAUUCCAUAACUGGGAUUGAAACCAUUGCUGCUUAACGUACGAAAGUAUCAUUCUGGGAACCCUUGCUCUUGACGAUGGGCGACUCGUCUCGAAAAGGCUCCAAGAGCCCCACCAGCCCACGCGACGCUACGAAAUCGUCUCCACCACGGGCCGCCUCCGGUUCGCCCGGCCCCGUUAGCCCGCUCUCCGCGGCGAGCCCGCCGGGCAACAUUGGACCCCUCGAGGCCGAUGAUGAUGAGCGUGACAGCGAUGGCGAUUCCCUCUUCAGCACGGCCGACGUGAGCGACACAACGUCCAUCUCGUCCAGUAUCUUCAAGUUUCGCGAGGAGAAUGGCCGUACCUACCAUGCCUAUAGGGCAAGCGAAGCCGCCUAUUUCCUGCCAAAUGACGAAACAGAGAAUGAACGCUUGGACCUUCAGCACAACCUCUUCCUACUGUGUCAAGAUAACCAUUUGUAUCUCUCGCCUGCUGGAAAGGACAGGCCGCUCAACCGCGUUCUUGAUGCCGGCACCGGGACCGGCAUCUGGGCCAUAGAAUUUGCCGACGAGCACCCCGAUGCAUCAGUCGUCGGUGUUGAUCUAAGCCCCAUCCAGCCGACCUUUGUCCCCCCCAACCUCGAGUUUUUCGUCGACGACCUCGAAAGCGACUGGACCUUUGUGACAAAGUUCGAUUUCAUAUAUGCCCGCAUGCUAACUGGGUCCAUCAAAAACUGGCCUAGGUUAGUUGAGCGAUGCUACCAAUUCCUAAACCCAGGCGCCUACGCCGAGUUGGCCGAUGUCUUGCCUUUAUCGUGUGAUGACGGCAGCUUGCCAGAUGGUUGCCCGCUCGCGCAGUGGAACCGCUAUCUGGUUGAGGCAAGCGAGAAGCACGGCGCCUCGAUGAGGUCGGCGGCAUCAUACAAGCAGCAAAUGAUAGAUGCCGGGUUCCAGGAUGUGGUUCAGAUCGAGUACAAGUGGCCCGUCAACACGUGGGCCAAGGAUGCCAAACACAAGGAGAUAGGCGCCUGGUCCUCGGAGAAUAUUCUUUCCGGUAUCCAGGGAGUCAGCUUGAUGCUCUUCACCAAUAUCUUGGGCUGGUCCGCCACUGAGGUGGAAACCUUCCUUGUCGGUGUACGAAAGGACUUGAAAGACCGAAGCAUACAUGCUUAUUGGCCCGUGUUGGUUGUCUAUGGGCGAAAGCCCGAGUAAGCAGGGCCGCAAACCGAAGGGCGAGAAGUCCUUACCCAAUGCGAUGCUAGGCUACCCGUGCUACUACGGUGCCGGAUAUCUCGCUCGGACAGAGUUUUAUUUAAUGGAGCCCCGUCUACCCUCACCAUACCCUCCCUUCCGAUACUAGAGUCACAGACAAACGAAUUAACUUUGUGCCCACCGCACAUAUUGAAUUCACCGCGUAGGUUUCUAAAGAAGAACGUCACAAGCUGUAAAGAGGUGGCACCUGAACCAGUCCAGUGAGUCGACGUGUGCCCCCUUGUAUUUCGAUAGACUCGACCCUCGCCUCAGCUUUAGCUCCUCAACCGCAACCCGUAUAAUAGACCGGUUCCUUCUUGGAA